AUGGGUCACUUAAGCAAUGACGAGUUCUUCGUCAAGCUCACGGAGCUCUUCGACCAGAAGAAAGGCAAAGACCACGGAUCCAUAGUUUUGGUGCAGAAGAGAUUAACCCACGAGCAGCCCAUCCCAGAGCCAACAAGCGAAACCAUACUCCCCGACCUCCACCCCCCACAGCCCAUGCCCGUGCUCAUCCGAGCGACAAACGCGAAAGGCAAGAAACGACGUGAAGAUAAGAUCAAGUUAUCAACUGUGGUUGAGCCCGACGCUCUCCCCGCUUUCUUCGACAGGUACGCCGAGGUAUGCAAAGCUGGUAUGGCAACGUUGAAGCCGAGAGAUCGUAGCAAGAGGAAGGGCAAGGCCAAGAAGAGGAAGGGUGCUGCUGCACCUGCUGGUUCUUGA